UAAAAAAGAGGUCAAUAUAAUCAAGUAACAUCAGUCAAUGGACUUUUGUUAAGCAGGUAUAGCAGGACAUGUUGAAAAAUUUGAUCUUCGUAAGUGAAGAACUAUAAAGCUAGCAUAACAAAAGAAGAUCAGUUAACAAUAUGACAGACAUCAAAAGAGCAUAAAAUGUUCUUUAACAGUUUGACAGAUAUUCACAGAACAGGAGGGUCUUCAAUCACUUCUUAAACACAUUGAAGGAGUCAGCAGUUUAGAUGGAGGUGUCCAGCUUGUUCCACCAACUAAGAGCUCCACAUGAAAACAUCUGAAUUGAGGUAUGCAGUUCACUGGCAGACCUGGGUGGGUGAGAAGGAGCAGAGCACCUCACCAGUUUCUCGACGUUGACCCACUGACUACCCUGUUGGAAAGCAUCAAGGAUUUCAACUUAACUCAACUUGUUGUCGUCCAUGUUGGAACAAAUGACAUACAUAAAGGAAAUCUGGAAGUUAUGAAAUCCAAAUGUAAAGUGCCAAGCUGAGGACCAAAAUUUGGCAAGGUAGUCUUCUCUUGAGUUCUGCCUGUGCCAUGCCCCACUGCAGCCUGUCUGAUUGUGGUCUCACCUCUGGAUGUUCAUCAUCUCUCUCCUCAGUCCUCUCUUCUCCACACUCACAGCUGACUGAACUGAUCCUGAGCAUCAACAAAUUAGGAGAUUCAGGAGCUCGUCAGCUGCAUGAGGGUCUGAGGACCCCAAACUGUAAAUUAAAGACAUUGUGGCUGCAGUUUAAUGAGGUCAGUGAGAGUGAAAAGAAGAACUUGAGGUCACUACAGGAGGAGCUGAACAGGACUGGAAGGCAGGUGAUUAUCAGCACAGAAGAAGACUGAACAUGCUGAUCAACUGACCCCACUGACCGUGCACCCUUUCAAUUCCCUCUAAAUUCUUCUCUUUAUCAUUUUUUAAUCUCUUCCGCUCUCCUCCACAUUUAAUAAACUCUACAUGUCUUCUUCUCA